CCAGGCAUACCCAUUGAAGCUUCUUUACGCGCUCUCUUAUUGUCUCCUCGGAUUCAUUCAUCUAUCUAUAUAUAUGUAUACAAUGCAACCCUGUUUGUCCACUUCAUUCCAGACUUUUCUUGAUCUCUCCAUGCAGAGAUAGACACAUCUUCUCUUCUUUUCUUUUUUAUUCUUUUUGUGGGUAGAAUACUCUCUUUUCACUUGACAGGAGAGAUUUGUGGGUUUCUUUGCUUUUCUGCUACAAUGGGGAGAUCAGUGUUACUACUUCCAAUUUUUGUUGCUCUGGCUCUGUUGAGUGUUUCUAUUGUGAAAGCAGAGGAUGCUUAUAGAUACUUCACAUGGACUGUCACUUAUGGAACAGCUUCUCCUCUUGGUGUCGCUCAACAGGUCAUCCUUAUCAAUGGUCAAUUUCCUGGUCCUCCACUUGAUGUUGUCACUAAUGACAACAUUGUCAUCAAUGUUUUUAAUAAGCUCGACGACCCUUUUCUCUUGACAUGGAAUGGAAUUAAGCAGAGGAAGAAUUCCUGGCAAGAUGGAGUUUUGGGCACUAAUUGCCCCAUCCCUCCAAACUCGAACUUCACUUACAAGUACCAAACCAAAGAUCAGAUUGGAACCUUCACAUACUUCCCAUCAACUCUAAUGCACAAAGCUGCUGGUGGGUUUGGAAGGCUAAAUGUCUAUGCGAGAUCUGUGAUCCCUAUACCAUAUCUUAAACCUGCUGAGGAUUUUACUUUACUUAUUGGUGAUUGGUCCAAGACUAGCCAUAAGGAAUUGCAGCAACUUUUGGAUUCAGGGAAAUCUCUUCCCUUUCCUGAUGCCAUCCUUAUAAAUGGUUUGCCUGAGUCUACCUUUACUGGUGAUCAAGGCAAAACCUACAUGUUCAGGAUUUCAAAUGUGGGCUUGUCGACCGCUUUCAAUUUUAGGAUUCAGAACCAUACAAUGAAGUUAGUUGAGGUUGAAGGCUCUCAUGUCAUUCAGAACACAUAUGAUUCGCUAGAUGUGCACGUUGGCCAAUCCUUGUCUGUCUUAGUUAAAUUGGAUCAGUCUCCAAAGGACUACUACAUUGUCGCAUCUUCACGGUUUACAAAGCAUGUUCUCAUAGCUACAGCAGUGUUACACUACACAAACUCUCAAACCCAAGUAUCUGGACCUGUGCCUGCUGGUCCGACUUACCAAAUACACUGGUCUAUGAAGCAAGCCAGAACCCUCAGGUGGAACUUGACAGCGAAUGCAGCUAGGCCCAACCCUCAGGGAUCGUACCACUAUGGAAAUAUUACGAUAGCAAGGACAAUUAUGUUGGCCAACUCAGCACCUCUAAUCAACGGGAAACAACGAUAUGCUGUUAACAGGGUCUCCUACAUUAAUUCCGAUACCCCUCUGAAGCUUGCCGAUUAUUUUAACAUCCCCGGAAUCUUUAGUAUGGAUACUAUCCAAAGCCUUCCCUCCGAAGGCCCUCCAUUCCUAUCUACGUCUGUUGUGCCUGCCUCCCUACAUGAUUUCAUUGAAGUUGUUUUCCAAAACAAUGAAAAAACUGUGCAAUCUUGGCAUCUUGAUGGCUAUGAUUUUUGGGUUGUUGGUUAUGGUUCUAAGCAAUGGACAAAUGCCAGUAGAAAGUCCUACAAUCUAGUUGACGCUCUUACAAGGCACACUGUACAGGUGUAUCCGAACUCGUGGACCGCCAUAUUGAUCUCAUUGGACAACCAGGGCAUGUGGAAUAUGAGGUCUGCAAUGUGGGAAAGGCAGUAUCUUGGGCAGCAAUUCUAUCUCAGGGUAUACACCGCAAUCCACAGCCUUGCUAACGAAUAUGACAUUCCUCAUAAUGCACUUCUUUGUGGAAAAGCUGUUGGACAACACCCUUGAUAUGACCAUCUUUUCAGUGUUCUAUUUUUCAGUCAUGAGAGCUUGACUGCAAGAGAAGACACAACUGUUUAUUUUUCAGUCAUUUCUAAAUCUUUUGGCUUCUUGAUUUGUAUAUCGCAAAAAUUAUAGGUUAAUUUUAUUUUUUUACCGAGUGAUUACCUAAUUAGUUUGAUUUAGUUGGAUUUAUUUUGUGAAAAAGUUGUGGCUGGGAGCCAAAUGUUGUUUGAGAAUUAGAGGGGGAAAAAAACUACUUUUGCCUAAAUCAUAAUUUAUGUUUUUCUUCCUUCUUGUUAUGUUUCCACAUUUGAUUUCUGUAGCUGAAGUGUAACAAGUACCGUAUGAAAUUGAGGUGUAGAAGUGCUUGUUUUCAACUUUGGUUGUGGUUGUGGACAACCUUCUAUUACCGUAUUCUAACAUUGUAGUUCCUAUUUUAAUUGGAGAAAGUCUAAAUGCACUGAAGUUUUUAUCUGCGUCUUAUUCUA